GAGCGCUCCAAGAUGGCGCCCACCGCAGUCCCGCCCGCCGCAGCCUCGGCUCCUCUGCAGUCCGGCCGCGCCUCCCGGGCCCCGCGCUAGGGCCGCCGCCGCCUCCCUCGCAGCCUUUGCCAGUUGACCUGUCCUGAAUGCACUAUAACUAACGAACAAAGCUGCUGCAGGAUGAGAAGAUGGCAGCUCGGCUGCUUGCACCACCAGGCCCUGAUAGUUUCAAGCCUUUCACCCCUGAGUCCCUGGCUAACAUUGAGAAGCGAAUUGCUGAGGACAAGAUUAAGAAGCCACCAAAGCAGGAUGGCAGCCACCGGGAUGAUGACGAGGACAGCAAGCCCAAGCCAAACAGUGACUUGGAGGCAGGAAAGAGUUUGCCUUUCAUCUAUGGGGAUAUCCCACAAGGCCUUGUUGCUGUACCACUGGAGGACUUUGAUCCAUACUAUUUGACACAGAAAACCUUUGUAGUACUAAACAGAGGGAAAACACUCUUCCGAUUUAGUGCCACACCUGCCUUGUACAUUUUAAGUCCUUUUAACCUGUUGAGGAGAAUAGCUAUUAAAAUUUUGAUACAUUCAGUAUUUAGCAUGAUCAUUAUGUGCACUAUUUUGACCAACUGUGUAUUCAUGACUUUUAGUAACCCUCCAGACUGGUCGAAGAAUGUGGAGUACACGUUCACGGGGAUUUAUACCUUUGAAUCACUUGUGAAAAUUAUCGCCAGAGGUUUCUGCAUAGACGGCUUUACAUUUUUACGGGAUCCAUGGAACUGGUUAGAUUUCAGUGUCAUUAUGAUGGCAUAUGUGACAGAGUUUGUGGACCUGGGCAAUGUCUCAGCGCUGAGAACAUUCAGGGUUCUCCGAGCUUUGAAAACUAUCUCUGUAAUUCCAGGUCUGAAGACCAUCGUAGGAGCCCUUAUUCAGUCAGUCAAGAAGCUGUCUGAUGUGAUGAUCUUAACUGUAUUCUGCCUGAGUGUCUUUGCCUUGAUUGGACUACAGUUGUUCAUGGGCAACUUGCGGAACAAGUGUGUUGUGUGGCCCAUCAAUUUCAAUGAGAGUUUCCUUGAAAAUGGCACCAAAGGCUUUGACUGGGAAGAGUAUAUCAACAAUAAGACAAAUUUUUACACCAUACCUGGCAUGCUAGAUCCUUUACUUUGUGGGAACAGUUCUGAUGCAGGGCAAUGUCCUGAAGGAUACCUAUGUAUGAAAGCAGGAAGGAAUCCAAAUUAUGGCUAUACAAGCUUUGAUACCUUCAGCUGGGCCUUUUUGGCAUUGUUUCGCCUUAUGACCCAAGACUAUUGGGAAAACUUGUAUCAGUUGACCUUACGAGCAGCAGGAAAAACAUACAUGAUCUUCUUUGUCCUGGUUAUCUUUGUGGGUUCCUUUUAUUUGGUCAAUCUUAUCUUGGCUGUUGUGGCCAUGGCCUAUGAAGAGCAGAACCAAGCGACUUUGGAGGAGGCAGAGCAAAAGGAGGCAGAGUUCAAGGCGAUGCUGGAACAAUUGAAAAAGCAACAGGAGGAAGCCCAGGCUGCUGCAAUGGCCACUUCCGCUGGAACUGUCUCCGAAGAUGCUAUAGAAGAAGAAGGUGGAGGGAGGGGGUCUCGGAGCUCAUCAGAAGUUUCCAAACUCAGUUCAAAGAGUGCCAAAGAGAGACGUAACAGGAGGAAGAAGAGGAAGCAGAAGGAGCUCUCCGAGGGAGAAGAGAAAGGGGACAGUGAGAAGGUGUUUAAAUCAGAGUCAGAAGAUGGCAUGAGGAGGAAGGCCUUUCGCCUACCGGACAACAGGAUAGGGAGGAAAUUUUCGAUCAUGAACCAGUCCCUGCUCAGCAUUCCGGGUUCCCCAUUCCUUUCUCGCCACAACAGCAAGAGCAGCAUCUUCAGUUUUAAGACACCUGGCAGGUUCCGAGAUCCUGGUUCUGAAAAUGAGUUUGCAGACGACGAGCACAGCACUGUAGAGGAAAGUGAAGGCCGUCGAGACUCGCUCUUCAUCCCUAUUCGGGCCCACGAGCGGCGUAGCAGUUACAGCGGCUACAGCGGCUACAGCCAGGGCAGCCGCUCUUCUCGCAUCUUUCCCAGUCUGCGACGCAGUGUGAAACGUAACAGCACAGUCGACUGCAAUGGAGUGGUGUCCCUCAUCGGGGGGCCUGGGCCCAUGGCACCGGGGCGUCUUCUGCCUGAGGUGAAAAUAGAUAAGGCAGCUACCGAUAACAGUGCAACAACUGAGGUGGAAAUUAAGAAGAAAGGCCCUGGAUCCCUCUUAGUCUCUAUGAACCAGCUGAAUGCUUCAUAUGGAAGGAAGGACAGAGUCAACAGUGUCAUGAGUGUUGUUACAAAUACGCUGGUAGAAGAGUUAGAAGAGUCUCAGCGAAAGUGCCCUCCGUGUUGGUACAAAUUUGCCAACACUUUCCUCAUCUGGGAGUGCCACCCAUACUGGAUCAAGCUGAAGGAGAUUGUGAACAUGAUCGUUAUGGACCCUUUUGUGGACUUAGCCAUUACCAUCUGCAUUGUCCUGAACACCUUGUUUAUGGCGAUGGAGCAUCAUCCCAUGACGCCACACUUUGAAAACGUCUUGGCUGUUGGAAAUCUGGUUUUCACUGGAAUUUUCACAGCAGAAAUGUUUCUGAAGCUCAUAGCCAUGGAUCCCUACUAUUAUUUCCAAGAAGGUUGGAACAUUUUUGAUGGAUUUAUUGUCUCCCUCAGUUUAAUGGAACUUGGUCUAGCAGAUGUGGAGGGGCUUUCGGUGCUGAGAUCUUUCCGUUUGCUCCGAGUCUUCAAACUGGCCAAAUCCUGGCCCACAUUGAACAUGUUGAUCAAGAUCAUUGGGAACUCAGUGGGUGCUCUAGGCAACCUGACCCUGGUGCUGGCCAUCAUUGUCUUCAUCUUUGCUGUGGUGGGGAUGCAGCUGUUUGGGAAGAGCUACAAGGAGUGUGUCUGCAAGAUCAACCAAGACUGUGUGCUCCCUCGCUGGCACAUGCAUGACUUUUUUCAUUCCUUUCUCAUCGUCUUCCGCGUGUUAUGUGGGGAAUGGAUCGAAACCAUGUGGGACUGCAUGGAAGUGGCAGGCCAGGCCAUGUGCCUCAUCGUCUUCAUGAUGGUCAUGGUGAUUGGCAACUUGGUGGUACUGAAUCUGUUUCUAGCCUUGCUUCUAAGCUCCUUCAGUGCUGACAACCUGGCUGCCACAGAUGAUGAUGGAGAAAUGAACAAUCUACAGAUCUCUGUCAUCCGCAUCAAGAAGGGGGUAGCCUGGAUUAAGUUGAAAGUACAUGCUUUUGUUCAGACCCACUUCAAACGUGAGGCUGAUGAGGUGAAGCCACUAGAUGAGCUGUAUGACAAAAAGGCCAACUGCAUUGCCAACCAUACCGGGGCUGACAUCCACCGUAAUGGCGACUACCAGAAGAAUGGGAAUGGCACCACCAGUGGUAUCGGUAGCAGUGUGGAGAAGUAUAUCAUUGAUGAGGACCACAUGUCCUUCAUCAACAACCCCAACCUAACUGUGCGGGUCCCCAUUGCUGUGGGCGAGUCUGACUUUGAAAAUCUCAAUACUGAGGAUGUCAGCAGUGAGUCGGAUCCUGAGGGCAGCAAAGAUAAACUGGAUGAUACCAGUUCCUCUGAGGGGAGCACCAUUGAUAUCAAACCAGAAGUGGAGGAAGUACCUGUGGAGCAACCUGAGGAAUACUUGGAUCCAGAUGCCUGCUUCACAGAAGGUUGUGUCCAGAGGUUCAAGUGUUGCCAGGUCAACAUUGAGGAUGGACUGGGUAAGUCCUGGUGGAUCCUACGAAAAACCUGUUUCCUCAUUGUGGAACACAACUGGUUUGAGACCUUCAUCAUCUUCAUGAUUCUGCUGAGCAGUGGUGCUUUGGCCUUUGAGGAUAUCUAUAUUGAGCAGAGGAAAACCAUCCGCACCAUCCUGGAAUAUGCAGACAAGGUCUUCACCUACAUCUUCAUCCUGGAGAUGUUGCUCAAAUGGACAGCCUAUGGCUUUGUCAAGUUCUUCACCAAUGCCUGGUGCUGGCUGGACUUCCUCAUUGUGGCUGUCUCUUUAGUCAGCCUUAUAGCUAAUGCCCUGGGCUACUCGGAACUAGGUGCCAUAAAGUCCCUUAGGACCCUAAGAGCUUUGAGACCCUUAAGAGCCUUAUCACGUUUUGAAGGGAUGAGGGUGGUGGUGAACGCCCUGGUUGGUGCCAUCCCCUCCAUCAUGAAUGUUCUGUUGGUGUGCCUGAUCUUCUGGCUGAUUUUUAGCAUCAUGGGGGUGAACCUGUUUGCAGGGAAGUACCACUACUGCUUCAAUGAAACAUCAGAGUACCGCUUUGAGAUAGAGGAAGUCAACAAUAAAUCAGACUGUGAAGCACUCAUGGAUGGAAACUCCACUGAGAUCCGGUGGAAGAACGUAAAGAUCAACUUUGACAAUGUAGGGGCAGGCUAUCUGGCUCUUCUCCAGGUGGCGACCUUCAAAGGCUGGAUGGACAUCAUGUAUGCAGCUGUGGAUUCUCGAAAGGCUGAACAGCAGCCUAAAUAUGAAGAUAACAUUUACAUGUACAUCUACUUUGUCAUCUUCAUCAUCUUCGGUUCCUUCUUCACCCUGAACCUGUUCAUUGGUGUCAUCAUUGACAACUUCAAUCAACAAAAGAAAAAGUUUGGAGGUCAGGACAUCUUUAUGACUGAAGAACAGAAAAAAUACUACAAUGCCAUGAAGAAGUUGGGCUCAAAGAAACCCCAGAAACCCAUCCCCAGGCCCCUUAACAAUAUCCAAGGCGUCGUCUUUGAUUUUGUAACUCAACAAGCUUUUGACAUCAUGAUCAUGAUGCUCAUUUGCCUCAAUAUGGUGACGAUGAUGGUGGAAACGGACACUCAGAGCAAGCAGAUGGAGAACAUACUCUAUUGGAUCAACCUGGUCUUUGUCAUCUUCUUCACAUGCGAGUGUGUGCUCAAGAUGUUUGCUUUGCGCCACUACUACUUUACUAUUGGUUGGAACAUCUUUGACUUUGUGGUGGUCAUCCUCUCCAUUGUUGGAAUGUUCUUAGCUGAUAUAAUAGAGAAAUAUUUUGUGUCCCCAACUCUAUUCCGAGUCAUCCGAUUGGCCCGAAUUGGACGCAUCUUGCGUCUUAUCAAAGGAGCCAAAGGGAUCCGUACCCUUCUCUUUGCCUUAAUGAUGUCCUUGCCAGCCCUUUUCAAUAUUGGCCUUUUGCUCUUCUUGGUCAUGUUCAUCUUCUCCAUCUUUGGGAUGUCUAACUUUGCUUAUGUCAAACAUGAAGCUGGCAUCGAUGAUAUGUUCAACUUUGAGACGUUUGGCAACAGCAUGAUCUGCCUGUUUCAAAUCACCACCUCAGCCGGCUGGGAUGGUCUCCUGCUGCCCAUAUUGAACCGCCCACCUGACUGCAGCCUGGACAAGGAGCACCCAGGCAGUGGCUUUAAGGGAGACUGUGGGAACCCUUCAGUAGGGAUCUUCUUCUUUGUCAGCUACAUCAUCAUCUCCUUCCUAAUUGUGGUAAAUAUGUAUAUUGCCAUUAUCUUGGAGAACUUCAGUGUGGCCACAGAGGAGAGUGCAGACCCUCUGAGUGAGGAUGACUUUGAGACCUUCUAUGAGAUAUGGGAGAAGUUUGACCCCGAUGCCACCCAAUUCAUUGAGUACUGUAAACUUGCAGACUUUGCUGACGCUUUAGAGCACCCGCUUCGUGUCCCAAAGCCCAACACCAUUGAGCUCAUUGCUAUGGAUCUGCCAAUGGUAAGUGGGGAUCGCAUCCACUGCCUGGACAUCCUUUUUGCCUUUACCAAGAGGGUCCUUGGGGACAGCGGAGAGCUGGAUGUCCUUCGGCAGCAGAUGGAAGAGAGGUUCGUAGCAUCCAACCCUUCCAAAAUGUCUUAUGAGCCCAUCACCACCACACUGCGGCGCAAACAAGAAGACGUGUCAGCAGUGGUCCUUCAGCGCGCCUAUCGGGGACAUUUAGCCAGACGAGGCUUCAUCAGCCGAAAGCUAACCUCCAAUAAGCUGGAGAAUGGGGUCACACACCAGGAGAAGAAAGAGGGGACCCCUUCUACAGCCUCCCUUCCGUCCUAUGACAGUGUAACUAAGCCCGAAAAGGAGAAGCAAGAGCGCGCAGAGGAAGGAAGAAGGGAAAGAGCCAAAAGACAAAAAGAGGUCAGGGAAUCCAAGUGUUAGAGGAAAAGCAAAAAAUUAUAUAUUGUACAGAUUUAAAACUUGAAAGUGAAAGAUUGUUUACAAACUUCCUGAUUAUUGUCAGUGCAGAACAGCUGUGGAAACCCUUCCCCAGAGAUCUAUACCAGACGUAGUCCGCUUCCCAUAUAACAAGGUUGCCGUCUUGAGCAGUGACCUGCCAGAAGCAAAGGACCCUUCUCACAGACACACGGAUUUCCUAAUGCUCGGGCAGGUGGUUACUGCAUGUUUUCACAUCAGUCAAUGCAACUUUAGGACAAAACCAAGAGGAAACAAAAACAGGACGCAGUGAAUAGGCUGCAGAUUUCCGUUGCAGCCAAACAGGUUUUAUUUUCUCAUUUUGUUGAUUCUCAGAAGCAGAAAGCACCACUUUAAAAGUUUGUUUGUUCAUGCAAACUAUAUUUGCAUUCUUACAUUAGUUAAGCAGCUAAAAAAAAAAAAGAAAGAAAAGAAAACACAUUUAGCCCAUGUCAUUUAAUUGUCAGUUUCUUUGGUAUUAACCGCAUCUUCUUUACAUGGGCUUCACAUGGUUUGGAGAUGGGUGGGAAAAACAACCAGGUUUCUUCAGGCUGAGGAGGACUUGCUCAGGCCAAUUCCAAACAUUGUGCUCGUUCAAUGCGUAGAAAUGAUUUGCAUGAUGGCAUGCUGUGAUCAGAAGUCAUGCAUGAGAACCAUACACCACAGGACACUAAUGACCUGUCCACUGCACUGGGUCAUCCUUGAGACCGGACCCAGCCCUGCACCGGCCACUGUAUUGGGAGAAAACGGUAAGAUGUCCACGCCCACUACAAUUCCUAAUCAAUUCUUAUAAGUCUUUCGUACACUUCCCAGGUCAAAACAAAACAAAACAAAACAAAGCCAACCAACCAAACCAAUAAGCAGACCAAAUCGUUGUUUGUUUGUACGUUUCACAGCCAUUUCUGACAUACAGCCAUUGUUGCACAUUUAAACCAUGAACUCCUAAAUGCUGCUCGAUGUCCUACUCAUGGGGAUACUGAUACCGAAUGGCUUGUAUUAAAAGCAUCACUGUAAAACCAAAUCCUAGGGCUUACAGAAACAAACAAAACCAGUUCGUUUGUAUCUUGCAAUAUUUCUGAUGAUUAUUCAGCCUUUGCACUGGAGAAUAGGCAUUAUUUUGGAUUGAGGUAGGUGCUGUUGAAAAGUAGCACGUUAUCUCUUGGUAAUUUCGGGAACUUGAACCAACCUCACUUCACCAAGGCUCACUUCACUUAGCAUCAUGUCUUUCUGUAUUCUUGCUUUCUCUGGAAGGAGGAAGUGGGGGGAGGAGGGGUUCAGAUAUUCUAUCCUGGUCUUUUGGCUCUUCUGCAGUGGGGUGGUAUGUACAGCCUGGCUCUCUGCAUGACCUUUCUUUGCUUCCAUAACAUUUUCCACCAGACAGGGGUUCUCACUGACCUCCCUGGAAUGGGGUGGACAGAAGCAACAGGACAGUCCUGGGGCUCUCACUGGCCUUUCUGGUAGAGCAGGAGUUGAAAAGUCCGGAGGUGGAGACGGAGCCACCUUUUCACCUGAUUUCAUUUGAGUUCCUCUCUGCAGUGCUCUUGAUGAGAAAGGGAUUUCAUGAUCCUACUCCAGGAAGCUCUCAUUUCUCCCAGCACAUUUGGUUUCUGCCAGAUUUGUUGUCCGUUUAGUUAGUUCUGUAUUCCUGCUGUCCAUUUCCACUGGCCUGUGAUUUCAGGGAAGGGUUCCCUUGCCCAAAGAACGAACUGCCCCUCAAAAAACAUCCCUUUCCAUUUCCUGUUUAAGGAAAGAAUGUUUCAGUCCCGUGGUUUCUCAUUGUGCUGACUUUUGGUUUUCAAACUGAGAUGCUGCAGCCAAGUGCCAGUGAAAGAAAAGAGGGAGAAAGAUAUUAAAGUGUGGACCAAAUCAAAUACGACCUUCUGGAACCAGGAAAAGGGGGGAGAUGCCCCCAAAACAUAUACACACCGACCUGCCUUGCAAUAGAAGCACUUAGGCUGUCAUUUCACAGUGUACCUGGCUUGUUUUGCAUAGACCAAACCACAGGCGAUCAGUAAGCAGAGCUCUCCAUCUGGCUGGACUGAGUGAGGAGGGAGUGAGCUCCAUUCAGUUCUCUUAAGCCAAUUCCAGCAGUGUCAUCAGCAGAGCUGUCUAUCCUACUAUACCAGACACAAGAAUGGGAAGUCAUUUUUAUCCGCCAGUUACCCUCCCUACCGCUAGGUUGUAUAGUCACAAACAUAUGUACAGGCUCCAUUGUAAACAGCACAAAAAAAGCUGAGACGUGUGGUUAAACUUUUUAAGAGAAUUAUAAAUACUGUAAUAUAUCAUCAUUUUAUUUUAUUGGCAUGCCUUUUGUAAAUACAAAAGAUUAACUAAAUUAAAUAGGAAAUGGCUUCUGGCUUAUGCCAUUGUCAUGUUUAUUUUUAUUUUUUAUACUUUCUUUCUUCUUAGGUCUUAGAUGCUGUCAGCCAAUGUACAUCCCCAAACCAGACAGACAAAAAAUUUUUUUAUUGCUAAUGGUCUUUUCCAAAAUGACAAAAAAAGUUUAUUUUUGUUCCAAUGUGCAAUAAAUUCUAACCACUUCUAUGCAAGAUUUGGCUAAACUUCAUAAUUGUUCUUAGGUCUUGAGAUGGGCAACAGAGUUGUAAUAUCCAGCAUGGCAGGUACAUGGAGUGCUCAUGAUAAUGAUGUCAUUAAGCUACUAGAGCAUAAUAAUAAGAUUUUUCCUGAAAUUUGACUUAUUUUUCCUUGCCCACAUUCCCCGUUCCCAAUCCCAACAGGCUUCUUCCUCAGUACCACAUGGGCCUUGGUGUCUGACAUCCCUCCACCAGCUUCCCGGGGAAUAUUUCAUUCCCUCUGUCAUUUGAAGUUUCAUCUUUUUUUUCUUGUUAAAAAAAAAAAAAAGAAAGAAUAACUCUUCUAACCCUCCACCCUACUCCACACUCCUUUUGGUAGCAAAUGACACCAUCACCAGCAGUUUACACCCACAGAGAAUGGGCACUGAACUGAGAGAAUUACUACUGACAUUUUUGUAUGUCUUCCCUGAGCAGGUGAGUGGCAAUACUUUGCCAAAAACUAAAAAUGCCAAUCAGGAAAGCAACAGCAUCCGCAGUACCACUGCGCGCAUAUAUAUAUAGAUAUAGAUAUAUAUAUAUAGAUAUAUAAAUAUAAUAUAAAUAUUUAUUUUUGGUAGCCAGGUCCUUGGUGCAGUAUUUAUACUUGGGAAUCCACCUUUAAAAGAGGACAAAAAAGCAAACAGACACACGAUGCUGUCCAUUUACAAAGCAAAGCCAAAGCCACGAGCAGCAGCAUCAGGCAUUGCAGUUGGUGGUGGAUCCGUACCACCCCUCCCCCCCUUCCCUUCUUUCCUUCCAACUGUGUUUGCUCUUGAGGAAUUCCGAGCAGAGGGCAAGAUGGGAGUUGGGGGAAGGGUAGAAAAAACUGAUCAAAUCCAGAUGAGCUGCUCUCAGUCCUCGCUGAAUGCACCCUGUUUGGCAUGGGGAGUCCAAUGUAGGAGAAUGAAGCAGAGACCCCGAGGCAGAACCCCUAGGGGUCACUUCACCCAAAGUCCUUUUCUUUUUCUGCCGAAACAACUGUAAGCCUGUAAAAGACCAAUAAUGAAAGAUGAGUGUAUUAGUGAAUGCAUGGAGACCGAUGCUGCUCUGAGGCAGGUGUGAUCAAAUGCAUCGCGAUCAUAAGCCAAAAGGAAACAUAAUAAAAAUUACCCUUUUUACUAUACAAGGGAAGUUCGUCUUGGUGUGUGUCUGUUGCUUGACUGUCCCGGUUCUUGAGUUCUGGUUUGGGUCUGGAAAAUGAGAUGGUAGCAAAUUUGAUUUGGGAAGGGAGGAAGGAGAGGUCAGAAAGUCUCUUAGAAGGCUCUGGUUUGAGGGGGAAGAGCAUAUUAAGAUGGGGGUGGAAAACAUGACUCAGACUCAGAUGCCUCCCUCUGUCAAUUGUAUGUACCCUCACUUGCCCACUCUGGAUCUUGGCCCAGAACCCCCUGAAAACCUACAAGCCUCCCUGGCUGGGUUCUGUAAGGGGUCACUAGUGUUGGUCCUGCUGGUUUGGUCUCAGCUGCUUUCCCCAUUACAUAAGAAAGAAAUUUCACCCUUCUUCAGUGGGCACAAUAGCCUCCCCACCUCCUCUGCUAUGCAAUACGCUGACCCCUGGCUACACUGCUUCCCCGGCUGGACAAAACGGGGCUGGUUCUGAAUACAAAUCACUCCCAAGAGCACUCUACAACAAGCAGGUGAAGGGCACCCCUCUUUUAGGCCAUAUCUCUGGUCCAGAAAUACAUAGUAGCAAAAACAAGUGUUUUUUGUUCCGGUUGGGAAGCUGCAGUUUUGGAAGGAGGUAGAUGGUGGACCUAUCCCCAAAGCCAACUCUUGCUCUCUUCUCCCGGCCACCCAGCCCUCCCUGGCCCCCAGGCUCUGCAAUGGAGGCACAUUUGCCAUCAGUUAGGACUUGAACCCUGAGCAUCUUCAACCAUGUUGCCUACUUUUUCCCCAGUGCCCAAAGUUUUUUGCAAAAAGCUUUGUUCAUUUUUCAGAAACCUCACCCCACCUCACUGCACCUACUCACACUCCCCGUGGAAUUGGCUACCAACUGGCCAGCACAGUGGGGACAUCAGGUCAGGAUCGGGGAGAGAAUGCAAGGGUUGCACCAGAAUGGAACAAAUCGCUCAGCGCCUGGUUGCCUUGGUCUUCCUUCUCAAAAGGUAGCCAGCCCAGCUCUUCCCAAAGUCAGAACAAUCUCCUGGGGCUCCCACUGCUGCUGCUGUAUAUAGAUGUUGUUGAGAAGCUCGAGGUGGGUGUGGGUGUGGACGUGUGUAUUGUAUGUAUGUGCGUGUGUGUGUGUGUGUGUGUGUGUGUGUGUGUGUGUAUAGGACAUUUAUAGGUAAAGGGGAGUGUGAUCCAGUGGUUUCAGCGAAGGGGCAGGACUCCUGGAUUCCACCCUCAGCUCCUGCCACUGGCUCGUUCUGUGGCCUUGGGCAAGUCACUUAACCUCUCUGUGCCUCAGUUUCCCCAUCUGUAAAAUGGGGAUAAUAAUACUGACCUACCUCACAGGGGUGUUGUGAGGCUUCAACUAAAUGUCUGUAAAGCGCUUUGAGGUCCAUGAGGCAAAGGCACUAGGGAAGAGCAAAAAAGUAUUAUUAUUAUUACUAUUCUUGAACUGAGGAAGACGAAACAGUACCAUAAAUGCUGCUAUUAUGAGAGCCAUUUUAAAUUGCACUGCUCCAACCACCCCCACUUCUCAGCAUCAGAACAGCAGGUCGAAAAAAUGGCUUUCUUUUCACUUGCUUCCAGAGUUGGUGAUAACUAGACAGUCUAUAUUGUUUUCCUUGCUGUAUCUCCUUCCCCUUCCCUCUUGGCUUGUUCCCUGUUCCCGUUUCUUCGGAGAAAGGCAGGCAUGCUUGAGACAUGAGAAUGUAUAGUGGGUUGGAAGAUCACAGUCUGAAAUUUUGAUUUUACUUUGUACUGUACAUCUUUUUACUUUAGAAUUUGCAAUAAAGGGUUACGUCAAUCUUGUUUUCAA